UCCUGGGCCGCUGGCGUCGCCCCGUACUUCCGUUUCGCCAUCUUUUAUCUCGGGGAAGCGUGUGCCGUUUCGCGUCCUGCCUUAUCGCGUAGUUUUACGGACUACUGACUUGGUUCUUGUACGAGCCGCAAAAUGCCGGGUUUUAGCAGCGUUGGCACGUUUAAAAUCUUCAUUGGUAAUUUAGCCGACAAGACCUCGAACGCGGAUAUAAAGCCAUUGUUCGAGAAGUAUGGAAAAGUCGUGGAAUGCGACGUGGUAAAGAAUUAUGGCUUUGUGCAUAUGGAGAAUGAGGAGGCAGGCCGAAACGCGAUACAAAAUCUGAAUGGGCACAUAGUUCAUGGACAACCGAUCAAAUGCGAGGCUGCUAAGAGUCGUAAGGGACCCAACACUCCCACGACGAAGAUCUUCGUGGGCAAUCUUACAGAUAACACCAAGGCGCCGCAGGUGCGCGAGUUGUUUGCCAAGUAUGGCACCGUCGUCGAAUGCGACAUCGUGAGGAACUACGGCUUCGUUCAUCUUGAGGCAACUGGCGACGUGAACGACGCCAUCAAGGAGCUGAAUGGACAGAUCGUGGAUGGGCAACCGAUGAAGGUGCAGAUCUCUACUAGUCGAGUGCGACAGAGGCCAGGCAUGGGUGAUCCGGAGCAGUGCUAUCGAUGCGGACGAGGCGGCCACUGGUCAAAGGAAUGUCCCAAGGGCGGAAUGGGAGGUGGACCAGACAGGAAUGGAUACAGAGACCGAAUGUUUGGACGUGAUCCAUAUCCACCGCCGCCGCCACCACCGUUCCUUCGGGACCGGCUCAUGGGUGGUGGCCGCUUUGGGGAUUACGAAAGCUACUACGACAGGCGCGGCUUCGAGGACACCAGGGAUCUCUACGAGAGGCGGUUUACGGGUAUGACAGGGCCCAGUGACAUGGGAACUUCCAUGUGCGGGCUAGACUUUCCACCUCUACCACCAAGACGAGACCAAAUGCCUCCUAUGCAUCCUCUAGGUAUGGGAUCCAUGCGUGACACUGGCUUCUCCCGUGGUAACGAGUAUGGCAUGUUCAGCCGCCGAUCACCCCCUCCAAGUGGCAACAACGGCCGGUUCAGUAGAGGCAUGUACGAGGACUUCAGCCGAGAUUCGUUUGAAGAGCGUAGACCGGGAUUACGAGGGCCAUCGCCGUCGCGCCGGUUCGCACCAUACUAAAUCGUCGCGUCGGGCUCGGAUCGGUCUCUGUGUCGGUCGUCGGUCCGUCGGGUCUGUCUGUCGCUAGCAGGAAGCCUCGGAACCGAGAUACUCUUGGCCGUCUUGCGAACUGCACGCGUGAAGAUCUGCCGCCCGCUCUAUGAGAAAACAAGUGCUCUACCCGCAGUGCGAUCUGUUUAGACGAAAAAAAAUAAUAAUAUUAAUAAACCUCCCGAAACAAAGAUAGAGCAAAGCAAAAUAUAGCCAGCCGAAAAUUAGCACAGACACGUUAAAAUUAUGGGAAUUAUCGUUCCCCAUCCGACGAAUCCUUCGUAUCUUCCCCGAGACUCCCGGCUUAUCUCGAUCCUUUUUCGUAUCUCUUGUUGCCUAUUCUGACCCUCUUAGUAUCCCUCCCUUCGUCAUGUAUUUGUAUAAAGUCAGGUAUCUUCGACGUGUCAAGAAAAGGAUACGGCUCCACCGCGGACACUUCUCGAUUCUCAAAUAGGAAACGUCAUUUCUUUUCUCAUAGUCUCUUGUUCUCUUGGGAAACGGAUUCACAUUUUAAAUAUCUUGAGUAAUUUGAGGGAGAAGGAGGAAAUGUAGGAUCGAUGAAACUUUCCAGUAGGGCCGUAUCCUCGCAGCGGUCGAAUCGCCGAUCGUUUUCGGGUUUUCUGUGACGAUGACUCAUCCACCCCUCCGUUGCGCAACAAUCGAUAGACUUCGUAGUUACGCGCGCGUUACGCACCUUCCCCGCGGAAAUCGCUGGAUGAGGAACAACCGCUUGGCGCAGGCAUUGCGUGACAUCACUGUAAUUUCAUAACAUUUGACAAUUUUGUCGUGAUCCGAUGUUGUCGGUCCCUCCCACGCGACUGCGUCGUCGCACGUGGACACGAUCAUCGCGCGUUAGAGAUAGACGAAACAAGCAGGUAGAUUAGAUCCCGAGAAGCAAGUGUCCGCUGACCGUGAUCUUGUUCAGUGCGUCGAAAACGGAUGCGAGACUCGUCGUCGGGAGUAGCGCGAGCUAUGACGAGAUGUCCCAGAGCGGUACUCGCGGUUGGUCCCCUUGAGAAAUUUAUGAUCUUACGCACGUGCGCUUGUACAAAAUUGCGAGGUCUUUAAUUUACAUCUCUGUACAAAAUUACUCAUUAAAAAUAAUGCGCUACAUGUCCAAGCGUAUAAUAAGGAAAUUCUCGUAUUGACGCAGAAAAAAACUGACGAGAACGAAUUAUAGGGAUAAUGGUAUGCCUCGCGAUUUUGCUUUCGUCGCAUACCAUUACAAAUUGUCUCUAUUUAAACGUUUCUCUUUUUAAUUUUAUAAAUGAGUAGAUGAAACAAAAAUGAUGCGAAUAAUUAAUUUUAUCUUCAAUUUUCGAAACGAUUUCUUAAAUAUAAAAAAUGAAAACGUGUCGUCAUCUUCCGAGACGACUUUACGUCACUUUGAGCGGCAUUUCUAUUUUCCACGAAUAAUUUUGUACAGAGAUGUCAAUUGUAGAGCUUACGAUUUUAGCGUUUUCGUGAAAAUGCAUCGGGGAAAGACGUAGAUCGUGCUUAAAAAGGGAGAAAAACAAAAGCGUUCGCCGAAAUCUUUCCCCAAGUAGGGGGGGGGGGUAGCGUGCGGGUCUGACCAUUUAAGAAAACCUGUUUUCACAAACGCUGUUUCCUUCGCUGCAAAAAAGAAAAGCAAAAAAAAAAGAGUUAUAAUUGGACUUAGACCCGGUAGGAUGCGCCGAUUCUGUAUGGAAACCUAAGUGGCGGAACAUUUAUCCUUAGCGUAUAGUAACGUAAUCUUUUUAUUAACGUAGAAUUAACUCUGACGUAAAAAUAAAAAAAAAACGUGCUGUAGUCUGUAAUAAUCGCACUUCCGUUUUGUUCGAGCGUAGAGACUUGCUGUAAGCUUUUUUUCUCUAUUCUCCCGUCUACGCUUUUUGUUUUUUUUUGCUGAGAACCGAUCGUAUUUUUUUUUCUUAAAGAUUAUACAAAUUAUAACCACGAUAUAUAUUGCUAAUAAUGAUGCUGAAUAUAAGAGAAAUGUAAUAACAUGUAUUUGUGAAAUUCACAAGAAAAAAAACGACGUGUA